AUGGAGAGCGAGAAGGACCUGCUGGCGGCGGCCGUGAGCGCGCCGGAGACGCACAUCAAGCUGGCGGACCCGAACGAGGACACGUACUUCGGCCGCGUGCGCAAGACCUUCUACAUGCUGGACUUCCGCACGGCCUUCACGACGGAGCACGCGCUGGCGGAGGCGCAGCGACUGGUGGCGGCGCACCGACGCGGGGAGCCCGUGGACGCCGCCAAGCUCGAGCACGCGCAGUACGUGACGCACGCCAUCCUGCACCCGGACACGGGCGAGCCGGUCUUCACGCCGCUGCGCGCGUCCAUGAUCGUGCCCAUGAACGUCAUCAUGGACGGCGCCAUGCUGCUGGCCAACAGCACCAAGACCACCGUCUUCGCGCAGUGGCUCAACCAGACGUACAACGCGCUGCACUACUACGCCAACCGCAACGCCUCCAACGAGGACACGGCGCAGCAGCGUCUCGCGGCCUACGUGGGGGCCACGGCCAGCUCGGUGGGCGCGUCCCUGGGCGUGCGCCGUCUGGCCAGCCGCAUGACGGACGCCAAGUGGGCCCCCGCUGUGGCGCGCAUGGGUCCGUUUGCCGCCGUGGCAGCCGCGGACCUGCUCAACAUGGCGGUCAUGCGGCAGAGCGAGUACUUGAAGGGCGUCCACGUGUACGACGAGAACGGAGACUACGUGGGCAAGUCGAGGAGGUGCGGGGCGCUCGCAGUCGCGUCGUGCGCCACCGGUCGAAUCUUCGCGGCGGCGCCGAUCUUGUUGCUGCCGCCGCUCGUGAUCUCGAGGAUCGAAAGGCACAGCAACUUGUUCACGAGGCCCAAGACGCGGUGGCUGCGUGUUCCGACGCUGCUGGGGCUGGUGGGCUGCGCGAUCCAGUUCUCCGUGCCACUUACGUUUGGUCUGUUCCGCCAGACGGCUCAACUCGACACCAAGUAUUUGGAACCGGAGCUGCAGCCCGCUGCGCGCAAGCAGGACGGGCAACCGGUGCGCGUGGUGACUUACAACAAGGGCAUCUAA